AUGCCGGAAGCCAUUAUGCCCCAGAAGCGGGUGCUGGGCGACGCAACAAACGGUAACGGUGCCCGCAAUGGCUUCGUUUCCCCCGCCGCGCUCAAGAAACGCAAGAUUGAAAAUGAAACGUCCUCCCAGCUCAAGGCUCCUCCCAUGGGUACUCAGAGAAAGGGAUUUGGGUCCACCCAGCCGCAGAAGAGCCAGUUCGAGGAGGAGGUACUCGAAAAGCUGACCCAGGACAUGGGAGAGUUGAAACAGAACAACGCAGAGAAGGACCAACAAUGGGAACGGCCUCCUCUCGGGGAAUUCGACCCAGCUACAGAGAAUAUUUGCUUCCAACAGAUUGAUGCGGAAGAAGGCCGAAUGGUUGGCGACAAGAUCGCCGUGCGCCUCUUCGGUGUCACAGAGGCCGGCCAAUCAGUUCUUUUAAACGUCACCGGAUUUCAGCACUAUCUCUACAUCGCUGCCCCGGUCGGUUUCACCCAGGCCGACUGCAACCCGUACCGUGCUUUCCUCGAGACCAAAAUGGCACAAUCGGUUCCGGUGAUCCAGUCAGUCCAAGUAACGAUGCGCGAGAACAUCUACGGCUUCCAGGGGAAUCAAAAAAGCUGGUACCUCAAGAUCACUGUUGCCGACCCUAGGUUUAUCGCCAGACUCCGCAGUGCGCUCGAAGCCCCAGGCGGCUCAAUGAACUACAAGGGACUCUGGGGCAACUUGACCGACUCCGGAAUCCUCACGUUUGAUAAUAUCCAAUACCUAUUGCGAUUCAUGAUUGAUACAGGGUUGCACGGCAUGUCUUGGGUCGAGGCGCCGGCUACCAAGUAUCGUCUAAUCCCAGAGUGGGAGAAGGUGUCAACUUGUCAGCUUGAAGCCGUCAUGGACUACCGUGACAUGAUUGCCCAUGCGCCGAAUGGUGAAUGGGCCAAGAUGGCCCCCCUCCGCGUUUUGUCCUUCGAUAUCGAGUGCGCCGGCCGCCAAGGUAUCUUCCCAGAGCCGAACGUGGAUCCCGUCAUCCAAAUAGCCAACGUCGUGACUCGCUACGGAGAGGCAAAACCGUUUGUCCGAAACGUAUUUUGUCUUGAUACCACAAGCCUGAUUGUGAAUACGCAAAUUCUGGAAUUCAAGGACGAAGACAAAAUGCUCAUGGCGUGGAAAGAGUUCUUGCAAAAGGUGGACGCGGAUGUUAUCAUUGGUUACAAUAUUGCCAAUUUCGAUUUCCCUUAUCUCUUGGAUCGGGCUAAGCAUUUGAAGUGUGGUCACUUCCCAUACUGGACCCGCUUGAAGGGAACGAAGACAGAGGCCAAAGAGGCCAGUUUCUCCAGCAAGCAAAUGGGUAACCGUGAGACAAAGGCGACAAACACGAACGGCAGAAUACAGCUCGAUAUGCUUCAAUUGGUUCAACGCGAUCACCAACUGCGAAGUUACACGCUCAACUCAGUUUCCUAUGAGUUUUUGGGUGAACAAAAGGAGGAUGUCCAUCACACAAUGAUUACGGAGCUUUUCAACGGUACACCGGACUCACGGCGACGAUUGGCAGUCUAUUGUCUAAAAGAUGCUUACUUGCCACAGCGGUUGAUGGACAAGCUAAUGUGUCUGGUGAACUAUACCGAGAUGGCAAGAGUAACGGGUGUACCCUUCAACUUUCUGCUAUCCCGUGGUCAACAAGUAAAGUUCAUCAGUCAGCUGUUCCGAAAGGCUCUCGAACAACAACUCGUUGUCCCUAACUCCAAAUCACAUGAUGAGCAAGAUUAUGAAGGUGCUACUGUCAUUGAGCCCAAACGAGGAUAUUACAAUGUUCCCAUUGCGACACUCGAUUUCGCCUCUCUGUACCCGUCAAUCAUCCAAGCACACAAUUUGUGUUAUACGACAUUACUCAACAACACUAGUGUCGAGAAGCUUGGCCUGAAGAAAGAUGAGGAUUACAUUGUCACACCGAACGGUGACAUGUUCUGCACCACGAAAGUUCGUAAGGGCCUGCUGUCACAAAUUCUUGAGGAACUUCUUGGGGCCCGAAAAAAGGCCAAGAAAGAGCUCGGUGUUGAAACAGACCCCUUCAAAAAGGCCGUGUUAAACGGUCGACAACUUGCAUUGAAGAUCAGCGCUAACAGUGUCUACGGUCUGACUGGUGCCACUGUCGGCAAACUUCCGUGUCUUCCGAUCGCUAGUAGUACCACCAGUUACGGUCGACAAAUGAUUGAGAAAACCAAGGAGGAGGUUGAGGCUCGGUACACCAUUGCCAACGGGUAUUCCCACGACGCACAGGUCAUCUAUGGUGAUACUGACUCGGUCAUGGUUAAGUUUGGAGUCGGCGAAUUAGCCGAAGCCAUGAGGCUGGGCCAAGAAGCUGCAGAUUUUGUUUCGUCCAAGUUUAUCAAACCCAUCAAACUGGAGUUUGAGAAGGUGUACUUCCCAUACCUUCUGAUCAACAAAAAGCGAUAUGCUGGUCUUUACUGGACGAAUACCGAAAAGCACGACAAGAUGGAUACCAAAGGAAUUGAGACCGUGCGUCGUGAUAAUUGUGUGCUCGUCCAGAAUGUCAUCGAGACGGUAUUGAACAAAAUCCUGAUCGACCGAGACCCCGAUGCUGCCCAGGAAUAUGUCAAAUCCACGAUCUCAGACCUUCUCCAGAACAAAGUCGAUAUGUCAAAACUGGUCAUCACCAAGCAGCUCUCGCAGAAGGAAUACGCUGCCAAACAAGCACACGUCGAACUUGCCAAGCGCAUGACAAAGCGUGAUGCAGGUUCUGCUCCUGCACUCGGCGAUCGUGUAGCCUACGUCAUGAUCAAGGGUGCUACGAAUUCCAAAGGCUACGAGCGAGCCGAAGAUCCCAUCUACGUGCUGGAAAAUAACGUUCCCGUCGAUACGAAAUACUACCUAGACAACCAGCUUGCCAAUCCCCUCGGUCGUAUCUUCGAGCCUAUACUUGGCGAGAAAAAGGCUAAUCAGCUCCUCACCGGCGAGCACACGCGGUCGAUCUCCGUCGCCGCACCCAGUCUUGGUGGUUUAAUGAAGUUUACCAAACGAACCCAGACAUGCAUGGGCUGCAAGAAGCCGCUGUCCGGCAAGGAUGAGAUGGAUGGUGCCGUUUGCGUAAACUGCCGUCCUCGAGUUGGUGAGCUAUACACAAAGACCCUCACCAAGACCUCGGACCUGGAGGUUCGAUUUGGUCGCCUCUGGACGCAGUGUCAACGGUGCCAGGGCAGUCUCCACUGCGAGGUCAUUUGUUCGUCCCGGGAUUGUCCCAUCUUCUACAUGCGUAUGAAGGCCAAGAAGGAUGUCGAGGAUUCACAGAAAGAGCUUUCACGCUUUGACUUCGACGCCGCAGCUUGGUGA